CCUCAACUCACUUCCCAAAUUUACAUCGUAUCAUCGUAUAAUCGAAAAACAACCUCGUUGCUUUGCUUUUCUCAAUUCAUUACAUGUCACAUAAAGAGGCCCGAGACCCUCUUUGAUUCAGUUCUCCGAUUCCUCAAAGCUCAAUUCCCUCCAGGUAAACCCUACUUGAUUCUUUCCCAAACCAUUCGAAAUUUCGAAUUUUUUUUUGGGGAUUGUAAUUCAGGGUUUAAUAAUAAUGUGUUGGAUCGACGGAAGACUUUGCUGCCCAUGUUUGAUGUAAAAACCAGUUUGAUAUAAUAGGGAUAUCUGAAUAUUGUUCUGCAACUUUUGAUCUUUUCAUCUUUUGCUGAUUUGGGUUUUGCCGAGAAAGAUGUUUGGGAUCGGGAAAUCCAUCGCCACGGCUCAGGUUUCGACUUCCCCAACAGUGUUGUCUUCCUCGUUGUCUUCCGUCCCACAUAGUUCAUCGAAUUCCUUGCCUCUUCUUCCGCUCAGAUCACGGAGAAAAAUCGCUCCGAUAACCGCUGCUUCGUCCUCCGGCGAUGCUGGUGGGCCCGCUUCGGAGAAGGGGAAUCCACUCGCGGUGGUCCUGGAUGUUCCGCGGACUAUUUGGAAGCGCACAUUGCGGCCGUUGAGCGAUUUUGGUUUCGGUCAUAGGAGCAUUUGGGAAGGCGGAGUCGGGCUAUUUCUAGUUUCUGGUGCGGUUGUUCUUGCUCUCAGUUUGGCAUGGUUGAGGGGGUUCCAAUUGCGGCAUAAAUUCAGGAAGUACUUGGCUGUGUUUGAGUUUUCUCAAGCUUGUGGCAUUGCGAAUGGGACGCCUGUCAGGAUUCGAGGCGUGACCGUUGGCAACGUUGUUCGCGUAAUCCCGUCCUUGAAAAACAUUGAAGCAGUUGUUGAGGUUGAAGAUGAUAAAAUAGUCAUACCUAGAAAUUCACUGAUUGAGGUGAACCAGUCAGGUCUUCUUAUGGAAACGAUAAUCGACAUUACUCCGCGAGACCCGAUUCCACAUGCUUCAGUGGGGCCUCUUGACCCGGAAUGUGUCAAAGAAGGUCUAAUUGUGUGUGAUAGGCAAAAGGUGAAGGGAAAACAAGGAGUGAGCUUGGAUGCAUUGGUAGGGAUAUUCACUCGCCUCGGGCGUGAUGUAGAGGCAAUUGGUAUUGCCAACACUUAUUCACUGGCUCAACAAGUCGCUUCUGUUAUCGGAGAGGCAAAGCCUCUGCUCGCAAAGAUCCAAGCCAUGGCUGAAGAUAUUCAACCUUUGCUAGCUGAGGUUCGGGAUAGUGGUCUGCUUAAAGAGGUUGAAACUUUAACCAAAAGCCUUACUGAAGCCUCUGAGGAUUUGAGGUGA